UGGGACUUCUCUCUCAGAGGAAGGGGAAGUAAAACGAGGUUUUUUUUACAGUGAAAUAUUUGCACUUCUGUUCCUCAAGUUGCAACCAACGUUCGUGUUGACUGAACAGAGUCCACGAACUGAGGCACUCGCUAAAAGUUGUGGAUCUUCGUAACUAACUGCUGGGUUGGAAGUUCCAGAAGAACAGCGAUGUCCUAUCACAGCUUCCUGCUCGAGCCCAUCAGCUGCCAUUCCUGGAACAAAGACCGGACUCAGAUUGCGUUGUGUCCCAACAACCACGAGGUCCACGUUUACAAGAAAGAUGGCGCCAAGUGGAGCAAAACUCACGUGCUGAAGGAGCACAAUGGACAGGUGACAGGCAUUGACUGGGCUCCUGAGAGCAACCGCAUUGUGACCUGUGGGACGGACAGGAACGCCUACGUGUGGACACUGAAGGGGAACGUCUGGAAGCCGACCCUCGUCAUCCUGAGGAUCAACCGGGCAGCUCGGUGCGUCAAGUGGUCACCGAAGGAGAACAAGUUUGCGGUGGGCAGUGGCUCCAGGCUGAUCUCCAUCUGCUAUUUCGAGCAGGACAAUGACUGGUGGGUUUGCAAACACAUCAAGAAACCGAUCCGCUCCACAGUCCUCAACCUGGACUGGCAUCCAAACAAUGUCCUCCUAGCCGCAGGCUCCUGUGACUUCAAGUGCAGGAUUUUCUCCGCUUACAUCAAGGAGGUGGAGGAGAAGCCUUCGCCCACCCCCUGGGGCUCCAAGAUGCCAUUCGGGGAGCUGCUGCUGGAGUCCGGUGGUGCCGGGGGCUGGGUCCACGCCGUCUGCUUCUCUGACAGCGGUAACCGAGUGGCCUGGGUCAGUCACGACAGCACCCUGUGCAUCGCUGAGGCCGGCAAGAAGCCAACCAUCGCCUGCCUGCACUCCCAGUCCCUGCCUCUCCUGGCGCUCACCUUCAUCACUGAGAACAGUCUGGUGGCUGCGGGACAUGACUGUUACCCAGCACUGUUCACUUACGAUGCUGUCAAGGACACGGUGACCUUCUCUGCCAAGUUGGACAUUCCCAACCAGAGUGAGCAGCGAGGAGUCUCCGCUCGGGACAAGUUCAAGAACCUGGAUAAGAUGGGCUCCACUGAAGUGAACUCCACGUUGACAACUCUGCACAAGAACAGCAUCAGCCAAAUCUCCAUUCUUGAAGGUGGAAAGAAAAGUUGCUCGAAGUUUUGUACCACUGGGCUGGACGGAGGAAUGGGAAUCUGGGACCUUAAGUCCCUGGAAGCCUCGAUGAAAGACCUGAAAAUCGUUUGAGCUGCCGGACACACCCCUGUAUGUCCUGCACCCGCUCUCGCCUGCCUUGAACCAUCCUCGCCAGUCUCUGGAACCCAACUCGCUUUAACGCAGCAAGUCUUGAAAGGUUUAAACCAAUUUGCUUAACUGGGCCAGUCGCUCUUUGCAGAAUAACCUGGUGUAACGUAAGUCAUUAAAACUUGGUGUGUGGCUUUGCACAGACAUCGCUGUGGGUCCGAUCACAGCCAUACAGUGCCUCAGCCUCAAGUCCCACUCGCUGUCCUCAGGUGUUUAUCAUUAAUGUUUUGUUGGGGGAAAAAAGGAAACUUUGCAACAUGACAUUGGGCUGUUUUUUAACGUAUUGUUUUCACGCCAUUUUGAAUCUUUGCUGGUCAUAAGAUGAAACUGUUGUCGAAAUUCCUGGAGUAUUAAAUUUUUUAAAGGAUUCAAA